CCUGGGGCCGGCUCGGGCGCCGCGUCCGCGGGCAGAGUGGGGCGUGGAGAGGCGCACACAGUGCCUCGGACGGCGAGGCGCCGGCCGCUGCGAGCGCCACUGAGUGCACGAACCUUUGGUCGCGCAACUUCAGAGCCAGGGCGCGGGAGCCCGGGAAGCGCUCGGAGCCCCGGCGUCCGAGGAGCGCAGAGAGGCGCGCGCCGGAGCCUGGCUCGAGAGCGGGCGCCGGACACUCUUCGCGCUCCGAGCACCGGGCGGCUCUCCGAGCAGCGUGGCUGCCGCUGCCCCCACGGAGGGCACGGGCUGGCGCGGCCGGGCGCCGGGGAAGACGGCGAGGAGGAGGCGGCGGCGGCGGAGACGGCGGCGGCGAGGCUGGGGCCAGGGAGAGAGCCCCGGGGGAGAGGCGCCGGAGCCGGGCCGCGGGAGCAUGUGGGCCCGGAGCGGAGCGCGGGGCGCGCUGCUGCUGGCGCUGCUACUCUGCUGGGACCCGAGGCUGAGCCAAGCAGGCACUGAUGCCGGCAACGAGGAGCUGCCCCACUCCUUCCCGUCCGCACCGGCCGAGCCGCUGCCCCACUUCCUGCAGGAGCCGCAGGACGCCUACAUCGUGAAGAACAAGCCGGUGGAGCUGCGCUGCCGCGCCUUCCCCGCCACGCAGAUCUACUUCAAGUGCAACGGCGAGUGGGUCAGCCAGAACGACCAUGUCACACAGGAGGGUCUGGAUGAGGCCACCGGCCUGCGGGUGCGAGAGGUUCAGAUCGAGGUGUCGCGGCAGCAGGUGGAGGAGCUCUUUGGGCUGGAGGAUUACUGGUGCCAGUGUGUGGCCUGGAGCUCCGCGGGCACCACCAAAAGUCGCCGGGCCUAUGUCCGCAUCGCCUACUUACGCAAGAACUUCGAUCAGGAGCCUUUGGGCAAGGAGGUGCCCCUGGACCACGAGGUUCUUCUGCAAUGCCGCCCGCCGGAGGGGGUGCCUGUGGCUGAGGUGGAAUGGCUCAAGAACGAGGACGUCAUUGACCCCACGCAGGACACCAACUUCCUGCUCACCAUUGACCACAACCUCAUCAUCCGCCAGGCCCGCCUAUCAGAUACGGCCAACUACACCUGUGUGGCCAAGAACAUCGUGGCCAAGCGCCGGAGCACCACUGCCACAGUCAUCGUCUAUGUGAAUGGGGGCUGGUCCAGCUGGGCAGAGUGGUCACCCUGCUCCAACCGCUGUGGCCGAGGCUGGCAGAAGCGCACACGGACCUGCACCAACCCUGCCCCACUCAACGGAGGUGCUUUCUGCGAGGGCCAGGCCUUCCAGAAGACCGCCUGCACCACCGUGUGCCCAGUGGAUGGGGCAUGGACGGAGUGGAGCAAGUGGUCGGCCUGUAGCACCGAGUGUGCCCACUGGCGCAGCCGCGAGUGCAUGGCGCCCCCGCCCCAGAACGGAGGCCGUGACUGCAGUGGGACUCUGCUCGACUCCAAGAACUGCACCGACGGGCUGUGCAUGCAAAAUAAGAAAACUCUAAGCGAUCCCAACAGCCACCUCCUGGAGAGCUCGGGGGACGUGGCGCUCUAUGCAGGCCUCGUGGUGGCCAUCUUCGUGGUUGUGGCAGUCCUCAUGGUGGUAGGGGUGGUGGUGUACCGCCGCAACUGUCGCGACUUCGACACCGACAUCACCGACUCAUCCGCCGCCCUCACUGGCGGCUUCCACCCAGUGAACUUCAAGACUGCAAGGCCCAGCAACCCACAGCUCCUGCACCCAUCUGUGCCUCCUGACUUGACGGCUAGUGCUGGCAUCUACCGUGGGCCCGUGUAUGCCCUGCAGGACUCUGCCAACAAGAUCCCUAUGACCAACUCGCCCCUGCUGGAACCCCUGCCCAAUCUCAAGAUCAAGGUCUACAGCUCCAGCACCACCAGCUCCGGGCCACGCCUGCCAGACGGGGCCGACCUGCUGGGGGUCCUGCCAUCUGGGACAUACCCUAGUGAUUUCACCCAGGACGCCCACUUCCUCCACCUGCGCAGUUCCAGCCUCAGCUCUCAGCAGCUCCUGGGCCUGCCCCGAGAGCCGGGGAGCAGUGUCAGUGGCACCUUUGGUUGCCUGGGCGGGAGGCUCAGCAUCCCUGGCACAGGGGUCAGCCUGCUGGUGCCCAAUGGAGCCAUUCCCCAGGGCAAGUUCUACGAGAUGUACCUUCUUAUCAACAAGGCAGAAAACACCCUCCCACUUUCAGAAGGGACCCAGACAGUAUUGAGCCCCUCGGUGACCUGCGGGCCCACGGGCCUCCUACUGUGCCGCCCUGUCAUCCUCACUGUGCCCCACUGUGCCGAAGUCAGCGCUGGUGACUGGAUCUUCCAGCUCAAGACCCAGGCCCACCAAAGCCACUGGGAGGAGGUGGUGACCCUGGAUGAGGAGACCCUAAACACCCCCUGCUACUGUCAGCUGGAGGCCAGGUCCUGCCACAUCCUAUUGGACCAGCUGGGCACCUACGUGUUCACGGGCGAGUCCUAUUCCCGCUCGGCAGUCAAGCGUCUCCAGCUGGCCGUCUUCGCCCCCGCCCUCUGCACCUCCCUGGAGUACAGCCUCAGGGUCUACUGCCUGGAGGACACGCCCGUGGCACUGAAGGAGGUGCUGGAGCUGGAGCGGACUCUGGGCGGCUACCUGGUGGAGGAACCAAAACCCCUGCUGUUCAAGGACAGUUACCACAACCUGCGCCUCUCCCUCCAUGACAUCCCCCAUGCCCACUGGAGGAGCAAGCUGCUGGCCAAGUACCAGGAGAUCCCCUUCUAUCACAUUUGGAGUGGCAGCCAGAAGGCCCUGCACUGCACUUUCACCCUGGAGAGGCACAGCUUGGCCUCCACGGAGUUCACCUGCAAGAUCUGCGUGCGGCAGGUAGAAGGGGAGGGCCAGAUAUUCCAGCUGCACACCACGCUGGCAGAGACACCUGCUGGCUCCCUGGAUGCUCUCUGCUCUGCUCCCAGCAAUGCCAUCACUACCCAGCUGGGACCCUACGCCUUCAAGAUCCCGCUCUCCAUCCGCCAGAAGAUAUGCAACAGCCUCGAUGCCCCCAACUCGCGGGGCAACGACUGGCGGCUGUUGGCACAGAAGCUCUCCAUGGACCGGUACCUGAAUUACUUUGCCACCAAAGCGAGCCCCACCGGCGUAAUCCUGGACCUCUGGGAAGCUCUGCAGCAGGAUGAUGGGGACCUCAACAGCCUGGCGAGUGCCUUGGAGGAGAUGGGCAAGAGUGAGAUGCUGGUGGCCAUGGCCACGGACGGAGACUGCUGAGCCACCUGGCACCGCAGCUGGCAGGGACUGGCAGGAGGCAGGUGCAGGGAGGCCUGGGGCAGCUUCCUUAUGGGGACAUUUGGCCUCCAUUGCCACCUGGCUCACAGCUGGAGUCGCCCCCACUCCUCCCUUUUCCCCAACCCCCAGACCAUGACCAGCCUUAGAAAAGUCCAUGUACUCUGUUGCUGAGGGCCCAGGGCUCCUUCUGUAUCCCCUGCUGUCUCUCCUGGUGGCCUCAGACCUCCGUGUGGGACCUGGGAUGGGGCCAAGGCCCCUGGAGGCAAUCAAGGGGACAAGGAGGGGCCUUGCCCCACCCCCACCCCCACCCUCUGCCCCAUGACUUUGAGUUCUGUCAGUUUUAGUUCCGUUCUUCAAUUUCUUCCUGUUACUGACUCUUUCUCCUCCCUAAGCCCCCUUCUGCUUUCACUCCCUUUUCCUCUUUGAAGAGUCAAGUACUGUUCAGACAAACUGCUUUCUCCCACGCAAAAGCAAAAAGGAAAAGGAAAGAAAGAAAGAAAGUGUCAGACUGCUAGUGAGGCUCAAAGAAGACAAACACCAAGACCACAAGGGAAAAGAAAAACCCAGUUUCUUAGGAAACGCAGAUUAUUUAUUAUCCAGAUAUUUGGAUAAGUCCUUUUUAAGAAAAAAAAAAAAAAACCCACAAAAAAAUAGAAAACUCUUUUCUUGAGUGUGGAUGAGAGUGGGUGAGCUCAAGGUUCUGGUCAGGAGUGAGUGUGCGUGUGUGUGUGCAUGUGUGUGUGCGCAUGUGUGUGUGCAUGUGCGUGUGUGUGUGUGUGUGAAUCAGGGAGAGACUGAACAGGGGAUACUUAGCUGCUAGUGAAUCCAUCUUGGACUAAGUUCUGACAAGGCCUCGGUCUCCCCAGUUGUGCAGGGAAUAGGUCAGACUGGUUUUAGUCAUGGUACCAAGUUUUCUCUAAAAUCUUAAGCAGACACCAAAUCCAUAAAGCAAAGAAGCUCUGUGAGGGUUGGAGUAGGUGGAGUCCUCUCUCCCGACAGCCCCAGGCAGACACCCCUCAGCUCCUCUGGGCUCCUGGGAAUCCAGAUUAAGAGGCCCUGGGAUGGAAAAUGUGGGUGAGCCAGGCCAGCUGUGAGCCAGGGAGAACGUUCUGGUCUGGUCCUGGCGUGGUGGCUCCUAGAGAGGGUCUGUAUGUAGAUCAGAAGUGGGGCUCAAGCAGAGAUAAGUAGGGGAGGAGAGUCCUCCAUGGACACCUCUCCUGAGGGGCUGGGAGCUUUACCCCCAGGGUGGGGCCAGCCACGGCACCCCUUUCCCCACCCCACCCAGGUGGGUUAUAGAAGGCUGGCACACCCAGGAAUCCAAAAUCCAGCCUCAGUUUCUCCUAUAAAACAGAAGAAAUGGAUAAGAGGGCUUCUCUAGCUGCAGAAACCUGUGCUUACUCCCCAGCCUCGGUGCGGCUUUAGGAGCUUGUGAGCAGUCAGCCCACACGUGGGAGGUGCAGGUGGUGGCCUGGCUGAGCUUUACACACCGGGACGGGAGGGGGACAGUGGAAAGCCAUUUUCCCACCUCUGAUCUCCACAGGCGCCUCCUUUAACCCCCUUCUCCCCCACUCUCUGCAGUCUGGGAGAACUAGAAGUAACCUUUCUGAAUGGGCAGGGUUGCCAGGGCGAAGGGGCUGGCACCCCCCACCCCCACCCAACCUGUUUCAGGAUGUCCCAGGGGGCCCUGAGGUGGGAGGCAUGAGUCCCCAGCCCCUUUCAGCUGGCUGGCAGUGGCUGGGACCAGGUCUUGCGGCUGGCACAGAGGCCUCAUCAAAGGCCUCUCCUGCUUGGCACUCAAGUCAAGGCAAGUGCCAGCAUGGCAGCUCUCCAUGGCAGCUCCAGGCACUGACCUGGCUUCAGGCUUGCCCCAGCAGGCCCCUGAGCAGCCGCAGGGACCAGCCUUGGCGCAUCCGGGACUUUGAAAGUCUCAUCUCCUGAGAGCAGAGCAGGUUUUAGGGCAGCAGUCCCCAGCCUGGCUUCCCUGCUGUGGUCUCAGGGGCUCAUGGGACUUCUCACCACCCACCGGCCCCCCUGGGGUGGGCCAACGAGGACCUGCCCAGAAGUUGAGAGAGGAUUCCUUCUAUCGAGGAUGCUACAGGGUCUGGGCCCUGGCUGGACCCCUAAGGCUGAGACCAAGGCUUCUGACCCCAGUGCCUGUGUGGACACUGCCUCAGACAAAAGCAGUGAGCCCUCCCUGCUAAGGGCGCUCGUCUCCUGAGGGCCCAGCCUCACUGGUCACUCUUAGCCCAAGCACAUGGGUGGGCCUCUGUCACAUGGCGUGCCAGGGAGUCCGAAUACCAGGAAUCAAGUUCCAAUUCUGCCAUUAAACUGCUGUGUGACCUCAGGCAUGCCUCUGCCUUCUCUGGGCCUCAGUGUCCUUUUUAUACCUAAAAGGCCUCGUGGCUGCCAUCUGGGCCCCUUGGGUUCAGAAAAGAACCCUAGUGGGCAGAACUUGACUGUGGUCUGCCACACCCUUCUUCCCUGCCCUUUUCUGUCCUCUUCUUUCCCACCCUUGGAAGUCUGCUUGUCUCAGCCCCCAGGACAGGAGCUCUUGGUGGGUGAGGCCCAGCCAGCCAUCCAGGUGCCAUUUCCAACCUGAUUUCCAGAAAUUGUGUACCAUGGCCUGGAGCCCAGAACCAAUUGGCUGGAGCCUCCUGGGAGGUUUCAGACUAUCCAGCUUGAUAAGAAAAGCCCAGAAAGGGUUUGCUGCCUCCAUCAAUCUGCCGAGGCUGCUGCAACUACUUCUGCACACUGCCUGCCUUGGGGGUGGGUUCAGAGGUUUCUCUCACUGGGACGUACCUUGGGAGCUGCAGCGUGGGUGCAGCUGAAGGCUUGCAGGGCUCGCACGCAGGUGUUUACGUCUCUCUCAUCUCUGGGGUGUGUGUGCGUGUGUGAGUGCACCUGUGCUUUUCUCUGUGGAAACAUGUACACAUGUCCCCACCUGCGUGUGUGUGUGUGUCCUCCUCUACGUCCCAGGCUUGGACAUCUGGAGGUUGGCGUGCCUGUUUCUGCCCUCCCUGAGUCCACAGGGUCAGUCGGUUUAUAUUCUACGUGCCUCUCCCUCUUCCUUCUCUCGCAGUGCCCCAAGCUCCAGAGAUUGGGGGCAGAGUCCUCCUGAGGGCAGGGGGGCCCUUCUCAUCUCCUGAGUGACCCAGGGUCUUCUGGCACCCUUCCCGCAGCUCCCAGGCAGCUGAGCUGGGCCCCUUAACAGGCCCUCUGAGGGUGGGUGACCAGGAGCUUGGGUUCAGGGAGCAGCUCUCCUGGGAGAAAGGGCUGGACCCCCUACCUGGGCCGUGGACAUGGUUAUAUGUCCGAGGGGGUGCAGGACUCCAGGAAUAGCCCCCAAUCCCACCUCUGUUUAUUCUGUAAACUACAACCUGUAAAUAAUGUUUAGCAUUCCUAUUGUAACAAAAUUAAUUUUUAUGAAAUAAAUUAUA